AUGCGCUUGAUAAACGCCAGAACCCUCGGGUUGGAGGAAUUCGUGGGCCAGAAUAUUCCCAAAUACGCUAUCCUGUCUCAUACUUGGGGACAAGAUGAAGUCACCUUCCAGGACAUGCAGACGCCAACUGCCACCAAGAAAUCGGGGUACGCCAAAAUCAAGCAUUCCUGUGAACGGGCUUUGCAAGAUGGCCUAGGCUAUGUAUGGGUGGAUACCUGCUGCAUAGAUAAGACCAGCAGUGCUGAGCUUUCUGAAGCCAUCAACUCUAUGAUGGCAUGGUACGCCGAGUCCAAAAUUUGCUAUGCCUACCUAGCAGACGUACCUCCGAUCAGUGAUGAAGGGCUCGAUGAAGCUGCCUUUUCGCGCAGUCGAUGGUUCACUCGAGGGUGGACCCUUCAGGAGCUUAUUGCGCCAUGUCAUUUGGUAUUCCUGGCUCAAGAUUGGUCAUUCUUAUCUAUGCGGGCGAUUGAAGCUGAUCUUAUAAGUGACAUCACUGGCAUUAGUCACUCCUUUCUACAAGUGAGGCUGCACAGUGAAAAUCUCAAAUUCGAGCUUAUGUCAACAAGCAUCGCGGAACGAAUGAGCUGGGCAUCGAACCGUGAAACAAGCCGGAUAGAGGACGUGGCAUAUUCUUUGCUGGGUAUUUUCCAAGUCAACAUGCCCCUCUUGUAUGGAGAGGGAUCUGCUGCUUUUCGAAGACUACAAGAAGAGAUCAUCAAAUAUUCCGACGAUCAAUCAUUGUUUGCGUGGAGCUUCAGAGCACCAGAACAUGAUCUGAGUCAUAAACGACCAUGGUCUAUAUGUCAGUCGUUGCUCGAGGAAAUGGUUUCUUUCUUCAAAGACUAUGAAACCCCUCCAGAAUUUUCUGGAGCAAUGCAAAUAGACGAAUCAGACAUCUCGGGGAUCCUCGCGGAGUCUCCAGCAGCAUUUCGAGGUUGUGGCAACAUAGUUCCAUGCGACGUCAAGAAGCCGACUCCUCCUUUCUCGAUGACCAACAAGGGCCUAAGCAUAGAACUGCCACUUCUUGAGCUCUUCGACGGCUACUUCGCUCUCCUACAGUGUCAAAUGAAGACAGACCCUACAAGGCUAAUAGCCCUGCCAUUAUCGAAAAUAGAAGAUACCUACUGCCGAUCCAAACGAGGGAAUUAUGUGGCCGAUCAUGCAGCUUGGUUCAGGUGGCCCCGUGAACAGCUUUAUUUUUCCCCUGAUAUCGAUGCAACCUAUGCAGGCAUCAUCAAUCACCCACAUUAUUCUGUCAUUGUAAGAGAUCUUCCAUCCAAUCUUGGGAUAGCGGAGGUACUCCCAUCUAGCGCCGGCUGGCGGCCUGAUUCAAGGGUUGUCUUCACAAAAACCACUGGAGACCUUUACUUCGAUACCAAAUACGUUUUCGUUUCGCUCCAGGACUUGGAUGGCAGUGGCCUCUCAUUCAUAUUGGCUGUUAGAAUGGAAAAGCCCCGCUGGAGCUACGGUCCCAAUUGGGAGGCUACCCUCACACCUUAUUUUACAACAGGAGCAAUUAUCAACUAA